CUUGCACGGUUGCACCACACUUCCAAGUCCCAACCCUCAUUCUUCAUCUUCUUCCUCUAAUCCUUUUCUGCUUCUCAUUCGCCUGUAAUUUCUUCGUUAACUCGCCCCAGCGGCUCACCCCUCUUUCUCUCUUUUGCUUUCAAAUCCGAUUGUAACCCCACUUUGUUCUUCAAUCAGCUCCCUUCCUGCAGAUUGAUUCGGCACCAACUGUUGGAAGCUUGGGGGUAUUGAACCUGAAAGAAUGGCGACACUUGCUGAUUCAUUUCUCGCAGACCUUGAUGAACUAUCUGACAAUGAAGAUGAUAUAAUUGUUGAAGAUGAUGCUGAUGCUGGAAAUAUGGAAGAAGAUGUUGAUGGGGACUUGGCUGAUUUAGAAACACUUAAUUACGAUGAUCUGGACAGUGUUUCAAAAUUGCAGAAAUCACAAAGAUAUACAGAUAUAAUACAGAAAGUGGAAGGUGCAUUGGAGAAGGGUUCUGAUAUGUCAAAUCAUGCAAUAGUUUUGGAAGAUGAUCCGGAAUACCAGCUGAUUGUGGACUGUAAUGCUUUGUCUGUUGACAUUGAGAAUGAAAUUGUAAUCAUCCAUAAUUUUAUUCGGGACAAGUAUCGUCCAAAAUUUCCGGAGCUGGAAUCACUUGUGCAUCAUCCAAUUGAUUAUGCUCGAGUUGUUAAGAAAAUUGGAAAUGAAAUGGAUGUUACCCUUGUUGAUCUGGAGGGGCUUCUACCUUCAGCAAUUAUUAUGGUUGUGUCAGUUACAGCAUCAACUACAAGUGGCAAGCCGCUUCCAGAGGACGUCCUUGCGAAAAUAGUUGAGGCAUGCGAUCGAGCCCUUGCUCUUGAUUCAGCAAAGAAGAUGGUGCUUGAUUUUGUUGAAAGUAGAAUGGGCUUUAUUGCGCCAAAUCUGUCUGCUAUUGUUGGUAGUGCUGUUGCGGCAAAACUUAUGGGGACGGCUGGGGGUCUCACAUCCUUAGCUAAGAUGCCAGCUUGUAAUGUUCAGCUUCUUGGUGCUAAGAGAAAAAACCUUGCUGGGUUUUCCACUGCAACAUCACACUUCCGCGUUGGUUAUGUUGAGCAGACAGAAAUAUUUCAAUCUACACCUCCUUCAUUGAGGAUGCGUGCUUGUCGGCUCUUGGCUGCAAAAUCAACACUUGCAGCACGGGUGGAUUCCACAAGAGGAGAUCCAUCUGGGAACACUGGAAGGGCAUUCCGGGAAGAGAUUCGUAAGAAAAUUGAGAAAUGGCAGGAGCCUCCUCCUGCAAAGCAACCUAAACCACUUCCAGUUCCUGAUUCUGAACCUAAAAAGAAGAGAGGUGGUCGCCGACUAAGAAAGAUGAAGGAAAGGUAUGCGAUAACGGACAUGAGGAAACUGGCAAACAGGAUGCAAUUUGGUAUACCAGAAGAGAGUUCGUUAGGGGAUGGACUGGGUGAAGGGUAUGGAAUGCUUGGUCAGGCUGGGAGUGGCAAGCUGCGUGUAUCAAUGGGUCAGAGCAAACUUGCUGCAAAAGUUGCUAAGAAGUUCAAGGAAAAGAAUUAUGGAAGCAGUGGUGCUACAUCUGGACUAACUUCAAGUUUGGCGUUUACGCCUGUGCAGGGUAUUGAGCUUUCAAAUCCACAGGCUCAUGCGCAGCAGCUUGGCGGUGGAGCUCAAAGCACCUACUUCUCUGAGACGGGAACAUUUUCAAAAAUCAAGAGGAUCUGAUCCAGUCCCAUACAGAAGAAGUUUUCAUGUAUCCUUGGGAAUUUGCUGGUUGCCAAUUCCAUGAACACUCUAGUCGAAAUGUGUAAAUGACUGGAUGAAGUCGUAUUUCCUCGUUCUUGUGAUAUACUAGUUGUUUACCUUCGGUGGAUGGUAAUAAGGGUGGAUGUGAGUUCAGAGAUCAAUGUUUUAUGUGCAUCACAAAGUUCUUGGAUUAAUUGUUUACUUUUCUCUCAAAUAUUUAUUCAUAAUAUUUUGGACUGCAAUAACCAAUCAAAAUUAA